AUGAAGAGCUUAGAGCCUCUUCGGUACUUCAUUGGUCUUGAAAUCUCUAAUACCUCUGAUGGAUACUGUAUAUCUCAAGCCAAGUAUGCCUCUGACCUUUUCUCCAUAGCGGAUCUCAUUGACUCCAAAACGACUCAUAUGCCUCUUAAUUCUAACUGUCGCUUUACUCCGAUGGAUGACGUCCCUCUUGUCAGUUUAUGUCUACUAUUCGGACGAUUCAUUAUUAUGCUGUUCUACGGAAUCUUUGGUACAUCAAAGUCACUCUCUUUCAUGGCAGGAGAUCCCAUCGAUUUCCAUUUGACCACUGGUUUUUUAUUCUUUCUUGGAGAUCCGCUUAUGUCUUGGUGCAAUAAGAAAGAGACGGUAGUCUUCCGGUCUAGUGCGGAGUCCAAGUAUAGAGCUCAUGCCGAUACCCCUGCCUAG